AUGACAACAGAGAAACCAAUAAUUCUCUUCAUUCCAGGUGCCUGGCACCAAGGAGGCAUCUUCGAGCCUGUCGCGAAUAUACUUCGAGCACAGGGAUACCAGGCCGAGCCGAUAACAUUACCUUCUGUCGGGGGACUAACCUCGACAAAUGCCUAUGAUGACGCCGAACACAUUUGCAAGACACAUCUAAAUGACCUCGUUGCUCAGGGCAAGGAGGUUAUUCUUGUCAUGCAUUCCUACGGUGGCAUCCCAGGGACAGAGAGUGUAAAAGGGCUAGCACGCAAAGACAUCGCCGCGCAAGGGGAAAAGGUGGAGUCGUCAGCCUCAUAUAUCAAUCGGCGUUCCUGGUCACCGCUGGCGCAAGUGUCGAGUCAUUUCUCCCAGGGCGACAAAAUGUAUCCCAAGGAUCCCAGAGAAAAGUUCUAUAACGACCUCGACGAUGAAACGGCUUCGAAGUAUCUGGCUGCCAUCGUGCACCAUGCCCCGGAAACUAUGCGCACUCCGCUGACAUACGAGGCUUACUGUGAUGUGCCUACCAACUAUAUUCUGUGUACGAGGGAUGCAGGUUUCCCGCUUUUUGCGCAGCAGAAGAUCGCUGCUAUCCCCGGAGAAGGCGUUGUGCGCACGUACUCUGUUGACGCAGGGCACUUUGCGAUGUUGAGCCAGCCGCAGGCUGUGGCGGAUGUGAUUCAUGAUGUUGCGACGAGAAUAGCUGGUUGA